GAGGGACAGAGAUGUGGGAGGGCAGAGGAAAAGAUGAACCAGUAAUACCUUUUAAAUGUGAUGUAUGCAUCACUUCAAAGGGAGGAAACUGAUAAGUGCUUACGAUAGAUGAAAGACCUCAUGGUAAUAUACAGCUAGUUGAAUUACAUUUAAAAAGAGACCGACGCUAAAAAUUUCGCUGAUCACGAUGGCUUUGUGGAAGAAUGUUUGUGUUGUGGCAGUGGUGAUUACCAUGGCAAAAGGAUCACACUCGCAGCUGAAUGUAUGUGGCAGGGCACCCCUCAACACCAAGAUUGUGGGGGGUCAGGACGCCACCGUGGGUAGCUGGCCCUGGCAGGCCAGUCUGCAUGAGAAUGGGAGGCAUGUAUGUGGCGGCUCUCUCAUCAACAACCAGUGGGUGAUGUCUGCUGCUCACUGCUUCUCCAGUACCAGCACUGCAAACUGGGUGAUCUAUCUGGGUCGACAGACCCAGCAAGGAACCAACCCAAACGAAGUGUCCAUGACCAUCUCUCAGAUCAUCCCUCAUCCGAGUUAUGACUCGCAAACGAGUGACAAUGACAUCGCUCUGCUACAGCUGUCCUCCACUGUUGCUUUCACUGACUACAUCGUGCCCGUCUGCCUGGCAGCAAGUGGCAGCACCUUCUUCAAUGGCACUAACAGCUGGGUCACUGGCUGGGGCAACGUAGGCGAGAGUGUGAGCCUGCCUUCCCCUGGCACUCUGCAGGAGGUGGAGGUGCCGGUGGUGGGGAACAGGCAGUGUAACUGCUUUUAUGCACCUUUUUCCAUUUCCAUCACUGACAACAUGCUCUGUGCUGGCUUACAAGCGGGAGGCAAGGACUCGUGUCAGGGCGAUUCUGGAGGUCCAAUGGUCAUAAAACAGAACUCUCUCUGGAUACAGUCGGGGGUCGUGAGCUUUGGUAUUGGCUGUGCACGGCAGGAUAUCCCUGGAGUUUACACCAGGGUGUCCCGUUAUCAGACCUGGAUCACCUCCCAGAUCAGCAGUUCCCAGCCAGGCUUCGUCACGUUCACCUCCAGCGGCACAGACGGCGACAGCACCGUAACCUGCUCUGCCGUGUCACAGCCCGUCACUGGCACUGCAAGCAGUCCCACCAAACCUCUCUUCCUCUUCCUGCUCUCCCUCUUCACUUUCCACCUGUUCCUCUGCAUGCUUUCUGCCUGAGAGAGCUGGAGACAUGUGGGAAAUCUGGUUGUGAAAGAUCCUCCUCUGUUUUUACUAAAUAUUUUAAAUAUUUUUCAGGGAUAUCAAAACUACAUUACUUUCCUGCUUUUGUAUUGCACAGUUCUGCUGGCAGUAUGACAAGCUGACAGCUCCACAAUCUACAGUGUCCUGCCUACAAUAAUGAUUCAUCGUGUUAGCUAUGUAUGUCUGAAAUAUCCAGGAUAUAACGGAACAUCAUAAAAUACUGUAGAGAUUCAAUUUAUGUGUAAUAUGCAUGUAAUUUUAUGCAGAUGUAUAGAAAUUAUAUGUAUGAAAUGUUUCUUUUAAAAAACACACAUUGUGAUGCACUAUGAGUGGCAAUGAUUAAUGCACUAUCACUAUAUGAGACUAGGCAUCUUGCAUUUGUUAUCCCACCAUACUCAUAAUACAAAGACAUGAUCAGCAGUUACAUGAUUGUUAUGUGAUUAAAUAUUCUACUGUGUCACUUUAACUUUUAAGCUGCCUUUAUUUAAAACAAUAAAUCAAUUAACUCAACCAA